AUGGCGUACCUCUAUACUGCUAGAAACAACCUCAUCUUCGAAAGAAAAAGCUUCCCAGCACAGGCUAUCCCAGCAAAAGCUCUAUUGGAGGCAAAAAUCUGGCAUUCGGCUAACCUCUUACUAGCAAUAACCCAACCAAGACAUCGAUCGUCCGAAAAGAAACUCUCAAUUCCUCCAGUCUCGACUUGUUUUACAGAUGAAGCAUGGAGGGAAGACACUAAAAUCGGAGGCAUGGGAUGGAUCCUAAAAGAUCCAGGAGGAAGCACAAUCCGGGAAAAUACCUCUGCUAGGAACUUUGUAGCCUCACCCCUUGUUGCAGAAGCCCUAGCGAUUCUGGCAGGCCUCCGCGAAGCCAUCUAG